UCAACUGACAACACUGCAACUACCUCUGCUUGAAAGAAAAUUCAAAACAUAACCUUUCGGAUUCGAAACAUUAAAUAAAAAUGUCUUUAAUGGCAAGUUAUUCGUCAAUUAUGAGGCAGAAAACUGCAUGUUUGAUCCUCGUCCGCAAUUACUCUAAGCCCACUGUUCCAAAAGCCACGAAAACCAAGAAACUCGGUAAAAUGGGUCCCAUUGCCGAAAAGGUAAUUAUCCCAGUGGAAACAGAUACUCACAAAUUGGUUAACUACGUUUGUGGCAGUAAUAUCAACAAAACUGGCGAGGACAUCAAGAUAAAAGAUGACUCGGAAUAUCCCGAAUGGUUGUGGCAAAUUAAUACUGGACCAGCACCAAAACUAGAAGAAUUAGAUCCGGAAACCAAACAGUACUGGAGAAAACUAAGAAAACUGGCUCUGCAGAGGAAUAACACUUUAGCUAAGCUGAAACCGUUUUAGGUUCGGUCGACCUAGGUUCGCAAAUGUAGAAUUUAGUAAAUAAAGUUUGAAAUGAAACUUUA